GUGACGGGGCCACGGAGGAGAACGUUCCAGGCCAGAGGCAGGAAGUCUCGGAAACAAGGUGUCCUGGGGUGAACGGGGCCGGGGCAGGGCUGUCCUUGGCCAGAUGUUCCAGAGCCUCAGCGCGACGGAGGACGUCAGAAGGCUGGAAAGGGGCCUGGGACCCGAGGCUGCAGCCUGCCGGUGCCUCUGAUGUAUCCAACGUGCCCCGACUUCUGACCCUAAUCCGAGAGGUUCCAGAGAAGGCCGGUGCCCUGCCAGCUUCUCCUUGGACCCUCCAACAGUAGCUCUGCUGAGGGAGCCGUGGGGACGCACUUCCCAGGUCCUUUCCUAUGACAUUCCCCAGUAAUCGUGAUUGCGACAGGCACUCCGCCGAGGGUUCCACCGAAUGGUCGCGGCCCCUGGAUGUAGACGCUAGGGAGGAGAAGCCCGAGGCCCAGGGAGGUGUUCCUAGCUGUGCCCUGGGACCGAUUGGCCAAGGACCCCACUGGAGAGCUUUGGACACCCUAACAGUGAACGAGAAUGGGGGACAAGGAUUACAACACCUCCUUCUCCUAUGACGAGGAGUACUCGGAUGAUUUUGAACCCAUCGUGGUUUUGGAGGAGUCUUCUCCCCUGGAAGGCAAGGUGACCAGGAUCUUCCUGGUGGCGGUCUACAGCAUUGUCUGCUUCCUCGGGAUCCUGGGCAACGGGCUGGUGAUCGUCAUCGCCACCUUCAAGAUGAAGAAGACGGUGAACACCGUCUGGUUCCUCAACCUGGCCGUGGCAGACUUCCUGUUCAACGUCUUCCUCCCGAUCCACAUUGCCUACACCGCCAUGGACUACCACUGGGUCUUCGGGACGGCCAUGUGCAAGAUCAGCAACUUCCUGCUCAUCCACAACAUGUACACCAGCGUCUUCCUGCUGACCGUCAUCAGCUUCGACCGCUGCAUCUCCGUGCUCCUUCCCGUCUGGUCCCAGAACCACCGCGGCGUGAGGCUGGCCUGCGUGGCCUGCGUGGUUAUCUGGGUCCUGGCUUUCUUCCUGAGCUCUCCGUCCCUCGUCUUCCGGGACACGGCCCACGUGCAUGGGAAAACGUCCUGCUUUAACAACUUCAGCCUGUCUGCGGCCGGCUCCGCCCCGUGGCUCGCUCGCUCCGGGCUGGACCCCGCGGGCCUCAGCCGCCACACGGUGGUGACGGUCACCCGCUUCCUCUGUGGCUUCCUGGUCCCCGUGCUCAUCAUCACGGCCUGCUACUUCACCAUCGUCUGCAAGCUUCGACGCAACCGCCUGGCCAAGACCAAGAAACCCUUCAAGAUCAUCGUGACCAUCAUCACCACCUUCUUCCUCUGCUGGUGUCCCUACCACACCCUCUACCUGCUGGAGCUCCGCCACGCCACCGUGCCGGGCUCCGUCUUCAGCCUGGGUUUGCCCCUGGCCACCGCCAUUGCCAUUGCCAACAGCUGCAUGAACCCCAUCCUGUACGUCUUCGUGGGCCAGGACUUCAAGAAGUUCAAGGUGGCCCUCUUCUCCCGCCUGGUUAACGCGCUGAGCGAGGACACAGGCCACUCCUCCUACCCCAGCCACAGGAGCUUUACCAAGAUGUCAUCCAUCAACGAGAAGGAGACCAGCAUGCUCUGAGCCUCAUCCGGGAACCCCCGGUGGACAGGCACUCCGGCCUCGGAGGUCCAGAGCUAUGCCUUCCAAAGACCACCGCAGAAACCCCCUUCAGCACCCACCAACGCCUGCUAGAGUUUACACGGGGCUGACCAGUGCUUUGAGCUGGGAGUCCAGGGCUCAGAACUCCGUCCUCCGAGGGGCGUGGCUGACCGGGCGGGCCAGGGACCAGCAUCCCAUGCUUCUUGGGAGACCUGCCUUGGCUGACCCAAAGCAAAAAAGGGAGCAUUCUUAAAAGCGCUGCCAUGAACCGGGAUCAGCAUAAGACAGAGGGAUUAAGCUACCUAUUCCGUGCUCCCCUGGAAUCACAAACACGCCACGGGGCGUAUUCCCGGCCUGAGCAGCAGAGGUCAGGGCCAACCCAGUGUGACGCAAAUCGCUGCCUCGCCCCACAUGCCUGUGUCACUGGCCAGCCAGAAAUCCCGCCGCCCGCCCGCAUCAUUCCUCCGGGUGAGGGCAAGUGGAGAUGCACAGGUUACCUGGGAGAGGAAGGUGACACAGGCACUCGCGAACUGCCGGGACCACGCACUUGGCUUUCAGAUCAGGUGGGAAGACAGAGAACAGGUCCUGAGGAGCCCUGCGGGCUCCGUGAGGGCAGGACAUGUGGGGCCUGGGGGAAGGGGUGGAGAGAGUGGUGACCGUGCUCUGAAGAUGCGGGCCGUGGGGACGGCAGGCGCGGAGCCCCUCCUGGCGCGGCCAUGCUGUCUUUUCUCACCUGGGACUGACGCCUCCCUGUGCCACAGUGUCCUUGUCCCAUUUACAGAUGGCAAAGCUGAGGCUCAGGGAGGGUGGGGAGUAACUCGCCCACUGACACACAGCCGGCAAGAGGCAGAGCUUUGCAAAUAGUUUUUGAAAACGACCCAACAUGGCAGAGAAAAUACUCUUGGCCUCCAGUUCCCUCGACAUCCAUCCACACGCGCCCGCCGUGGUUCCCAGCUCCUGCGCCCCCUGAGACCUCCGGGAAGGCAGUGGGGAGAGAGAGGAUGGGCAGGAGGUAGUCGUCGGUGGGCCGGGGGCCCUUGGCCUCCCAGUGUCCACGCUCUCUUCCAAACGCCAUCAUCGUGAAGCCAAUCCUCCGACAAGAUGCAAUGAACAGAUGUAAUGUCUACACGGCGUUGGGCAAGUUCCCGAGGCCCCGGGCUGUUUGGAAAUCACACCUCAUUAAGAGACAGACUGUUCCUUCCCUUCUUGGGUCAUUGUGCUUAUGAUGAGGCAGCUCUGAAGUGACCCUAAGCCAGGGCGCCCAAUGGCUUCAAGAAAUCUGAACUUGGAC